GUGGGGCGGUGGCGCCCGGAAGUGACGUUGCCGGGCGCUGCCAGAGGAGCGGAGCAGAGAGAGGCGGCGGCUACCGCGGGGCCUGGCCUGGCCGCGGCCUGCGCUCCCCUUCCCCCUCCGAUGGACCAGUCCUCCCCAGCCUACACCCUUGCCAGCCUCACCCACCUGCACUCGGAGCAGCUCCUGCAGGGCCUCAACCUGCUCCGGCAGCACCGGCAGCUCUGCGACAUCGUGCUGCGGGUGGGCGAUGCCAAGAUCCACGCCCACAGGGCGGUGCUGGCCAGCAUCAGCCCCUACUUCAAAGCCAUGUUCACCGGGAACCUCUCGGAGAAGGAGAACUCGGAGGUGGAGUUCCAGUGCGUGGAGGAGGCGGCGCUGCAGUCCAUCGUGGAGUACGCCUACACCGGCACCGUCUUCAUCUCCCAGGACACGGUGGAGUCGCUCCUGCCGGCCGCCAACCUCCUGCAGAUCAAGCUGGUGGUGAAGGAGUGCUGUGCCUUCCUGGAGAGCCAGCUGGAUCCCGGGAACUGCAUCGGCAUCUCCCGCUUCGCAGAGACCUACGGCUGCCACGACCUCUACCUGGCAGCCACCAAGUACAUCUGCCAGAACUUCGAGGAGGUCUGCCAGACCGAGGAGUUCCUGGAGCUGACCCACUCCGAGCUGGACGAGAUCGUUUCCAACGACUGCCUGAACGUGGUGUCAGAGGAGACCGUGUUCUACGCCCUGGAGGCCUGGAUCAAGUACGACGUGCGGGAGCGGCACAAGUACCUGGCCCGCCUGCUGCACUGCGUCCGACUGCCCCUCCUCAGCGUCAAGUUCCUCACCAGGCUCUACGAGGCAAACCACCUCAUCAGGGAUGACCACACCUGUAAGCACCUCCUCAACGAGGCCCUCAAGUACCACUUCAUGCCCGAGCACAGGCUUUCCCACCAGACCGUGCUGAUGACACGGCCACGCUGUGCUCCCAAGGUUCUCUGUGCUGUGGGAGGCAAAGCUGGGCUGUUUGCCUGCUUGGAGAGUGUUGAAAUGUAUUUUCCUCAGAAUGACUCCUGGAUUGGGCUGGCUCCCCUCAGCAUCCCCCGCUACGAGUUUGGGAUCUGUGUCCUGGAGCAGAAGAUUUAUGUAGUGGGGGGCAUUGCCACCCACGUCUGCCAGGGCAUCAGCUACCGCAAGCACGAGAGCUCCGUGGAGUGCUGGGACCCUGACACCAACACCUGGACAGCUCUGGAGAGGAUGUUUGAGAGCAGGAGUACUCUGGGGGUGGUGGUCCUGGCAGGAGAGCUCUACGCCCUGGGGGGCUACGAUGGGCAGUCCUACCUCCGGACUGUGGAGAAAUACAUUCCCAAAGUCAAGGAGUGGCAGCUGGUGGCCCCCAUGAACAAAACCAGGAGUUGUUUUGCUGCAGCUGUCCUGGACGGGAUGAUUUAUGCCAUUGGGGGCUAUGGCCCUGCCCACAUGAACAGUGUGGAGCGUUACGAUCCCAGUAAGAACUCGUGGGAGACAGUGGCUUCCAUGGCUGACAAAAGAAUCAACUUUGGUGUGGGUGUCAUGCUGGGCUUCAUCUUUGUGGUAGGUGGGCACAAUGGUGUGUCCCACCUGUCAAGCAUUGAGAGAUAUGAUCCUCACCAAAACCAGUGGACAGUGUGUCGGCCCAUGAAGGAACCCAGGACAGGAGUGGGUGCAGCUGUGAUUGAUAACUACCUGUAUGUUGUUGGAGGUCAUUCAGGGUCAUCCUACCUGAACACUGUCCAGAAGUAUGACCCCAUUGCAGACAGCUGGCUGGACUCUGCUGGCAUGAUGUACUGUCGAUGCAAUUUUGGUUUGACUGCACUUUGAUGGGAAGCAGGACUUGGACAGACCUGAUGCAAAGAUGGAGCUUAAUCUGCUUGAAAAGAAACCCUGCUGGGGGAGACCACGAGCUGUGUUGGCUGCAGCUGGGAAGCUGGAGGAGUGUGGUGAAGCUGGGAUGAAAUGAGGAAGGGUUUGUUUUCUGCUGGUAACUGGCUCUUACUUUAGGGACAUGGGCAGAAGGAAUGGGAAGCUUGUUCCCAGCUGGGUUUAGGCCCUGCUAUGGCAGUGGAUGUGAGAGGACUGCACGUGUCUUGGGAUGUGGUUAGAAAACUUUGUGUACAUCUAACCCUUUCACUCUCUAGAGCUUUUCUCUCUUCCUCCUGCCUACUCUGAAACAUGAAGUUUACUGUGCUUGGGGUGAGAGGUGUGUGACUGUGGUGUGUGCCUGGGGCAGUUUGCUGAUAGUUGUCUGGUUGUGUCUUCAUACUAAGAAAACACCAGUGCUUCAUAAUUUUUCUUAUGAACAGUAACUAAAGGGCUGCCUUGUUUCUGUAUCUCAAGGUCUGUAAAUAAUCAGUGCCAUAGUAUGUUGCCUGUACACUCUCCUUUGUUGCCCCUUAGUGGUGGGAGUGCUGGGAUGGUAAUUAGUAGCUGCUCACAGAAAUACAGAAGGCAAAUUUAUUGCCUCUUUACCAACACUUUUUGGACCUGAUGAAGCAAAAUCACAUUUUUAACUUUCCCUUAGAUUUCCUUUCUGUGGGUAAAUGAGUGCUAGAUUAAAGGACUCAAUCUUGCCUGCUGUGUGUUUCUACAAUUGUAAUGCAAGGAAAAAUUCCAACAGUAACACAUCAGAAGAUGCCACAGCAGCAUUCCUAGCAUGAUAUAAAAUAAAUCCUCCAAACCAGCUCUGUCCCACCCUCCUCCCGAGUGCACGUGUGUCUGUAUCCCCCUAGAACUUCCUUUUUUUAAAAGAAUGUAUGAUUGCUUUCUCAGAGUGUCCAGAUAUAAAAAUGGUGCUAAAUGUAGGACUUAACAAUAAGGCUGUUACUGAUUUUGGUGCAGUAUGCAUAGAGCAUGAUUGUUUUGAUCGUUUCAGUGGUUUUUUUGGUUCUAAUUUGCUUGAUACAUUCGUGCCUCUGAAACCUGUUGAGGGUGUUACCCAAUGUGCUGAGUGAGCUCCGUGUUUGUUACACUUUUGGUCUUUGUUUUCAGCACAUCUUGUGUUUAUUGUUCCUGUUCUCACAAAUAGGGAGUGGAAAGCAGGACCCUUCCUGGGGUUCUGUAGGCAGUCUGGCCUUUAACACAGGCUGCAAGGAAUGCAAAGCCCUGGGGCACAGCUGCUGAUCCCCAGCCCGUGUCCUGCCCCAUGGGGUGCUGCAGGUCAGUUCCUGGGACUCACCAGAAUCUCAAGAGAGAGAACUUUGCAGUAGCCCUAAAUUCAGUGAAAAUUUGGGCAGAUCAUGAGGAUGUGAUGCUGUGGGUUGUAACCAUUAUAUAAAGCAGAUGAAGGAAUAAAUAGGAUUUUUGGUUAAUUUAGGAUGUUUUGGGUUGUCUUCUGGUGUGAACUAGGAGUCAUGGUUGUCUUGAAUUUCUGUGUUGCUGUCUGUGUGUGUGUUGCCAGGCCUGGUACUGAAGAAUCUUUCUGCCUCUGCAGUUAUUUUCCCCUUGUUUUAACAUUUUUAAUUGAUGUCUGUUUCCCCUUGGUUUUCAAGCCCGUAUAGUAUUAUUUUUUUUAAGGUGCAAUAAGAUUUGAAAUAGUUGCUUUAAAAGCCAUUUCUUUAUGUUAAGUGGAAGGCUUUGAGUGCACUUGAUUGAUUCCUGCAAAGCUAAUUGCAGCCAGGCAGACAGUGGUGUUCCUUGUUCUUCCAUACACUCACGUUCAGAUGUUACAGCCAGGAGCAGAGGGGGUUUCCAGCACAGAGCAUUAGCCAUGGCUAACAGGUGUUUGCACACACCAUGAGCUCCUGCAUGCACUCUUCAGAUCUGGGAGGAUUUAGCAGGGCUUGAAAAGCAAAUAAAAUUAACAAUUUCAGUGCAGUUUAAUUCCACCCACUGAGGAUUGUAGUUCCAUAGCAAUAACAGAGUGGUUUCAUUCUUGUAGUGGGUCUGUUGGUAGGACACAAGCAGCUGCAGGGCUGCUGCCUGCCUGGGUGUGGGGAGGAUGGGGAGCAGGGCUGGGGACUGAGAGGGUUCAGCCUGGUGGGUAAAUUGCCUUCUGUUCAGGGACUGCACAAGCAGAGUGUUUCCAUGUGCUGCUGUACUGCUGGGGCUGUGCCAGGUGACACUGAGUACCACUGUUUCCAUUAUGCAUGGGUGGUAAGGAUGCUUAAAAAUUAAUAUAAAGAAAAAAUUGUACUGAAGAGAAGUUUAUGCCUCUUAUUGCUGGGCUUCCCAUGCAGUUCUUGCAUAUGGUUCCUUUAGGGUUUGAAGGGCAGCAGGAUUCCAGGAGUGGAGUUGCUCAUGUGCGCAUCCUGAUGGGAAGUGUUGGCAAACACUGUUCUCAGGUUGUUCACAGUGCAGAGAAAUAGUGUUCAGAAAUAGUUUUCAUCAAAUUCCAGGCUGGUUUGGGUUGCAAGGGACCUUAAAAUUUUGCUCAUCCAGUUCCCACCCCUGCCAUGGGCAGGGACACCUCCCACCAGCCCAGGGUGCUCAUCAAGUUGUGAGGGCAUCAGGACAGAAAAUCAGCAGAUCCAGGGGGGUGUUGGUGCCUGUUCAAGGAUACAUCAACAUGCAUUUAUGGAAGUCAGAGCACUUAAAUUUAGCUGCAAAAUGUUUUACUGUUUUCCUCAGCAGUGUUAAUUAGGUCAGAGUGAUUGACCCCCACUUUCUAAUGUGGUAUUGCUAAAUUUAAGGUAUCAGUGGAAACAGGCUUUUUUAGUGUGCAGGCUUGGUAUGGAGGAUGGGAAAGAUAACUAAUGGAAUAUGCUGCUGUUACUGGAUGGGAAUGUUUGGUGAGAAAUGGAUGGAACAGUUUCACCUUCAGGAUCCUGUCACUUGCAGUCAUGCCAUCUGCAUUUCUGUUCUGGGUGCUUGUCCUGUUCACUGAAGUGCUUGGUCAUAGGAAGAUCAGACAACAAUCAGUUGAAAUCUGCAUUUAAAGAACACUGCUCUCAGUGUGAUGUCUAUCUGGCAGUUUAAGAACUGAGGACCUUCAAAUAAGAUGUCAUACAACUAUAAAUUAUCAUCCAGUUCUCUUUCUUAGUCACUCAAAAGUAUCUGUAAAGCACUUUAAAGUGGGUAUGAGUUCAUAUGUGUACAUAAAAUUCCUGAAUUUCUGGGGUUUCUGGGUUUUUUUGUUGUGGGUUUGUUUUAUUUUUACAUGUUAAUCUGUAGCUUCCUGACAGUCUGUCCUCCUAGGAAUGCUUUUCUUUCAGAAAGUCUGCUUGGAAUUUCCAGAGGGGCAGAUGUGUCCAGUCCACAUUGCACACAGUUAACUGGUCCUGGCAGACAGCCUGUUGCUUUUGUGAAUUUGCCAUCUGUAAGUCCCCACUCACUAUAUGGAACAAUGCAAAAUGUCCAAACUUGCCUUAAAUUCUUGAUAUUUAACGCAAAGAACUGGAUGAUAAUUCCUAUUUUUUUGCCUUAUGCGCUGUGCUGUAUUUUGAACCGAAGGAGAACUCUAAUUUUUAGCAGGAUUUAUUAAUUGUACAGAGAAUACCAAAUUGUACUCGACUUGACCAGAGUGCUUUGGUUGGGAGUAUAAAAUGAUACAUGUAGUUUUGUUGUACCUAGAGUGUUUUUAUGUGUACCUCUUUUUUAGCAGCAAUGUUCUGGGUUUGUUAUUGUUUACAAAGUGGCAUUUGAGUUCAACAGGGAAAGAACUGUCACCUGCAUCCUUGGUCCUUACUGGUGUCCUCAAUGUGUUUGCUCCUGUGAUAAUGCUCUGUAAGUAUUGUUGUAACUAUUUCAUUGAAUGUGAAACAAU